CAGCAACUAAGCGGGCUAUAUCGCUGGGCACGAGGCAAAGAUUCACGGUUUCGCCGGUUCGAGACGCGAAGAUAUCCUUGAGAGACUCCUGCUUCCUCAGACUGCCCCCGACUCCUUAGACUUGAGAGAACCCGAGCCUGCGUGUCAAGCUGCCCAUCAUGGGCCGAUUAAACCUCACUGCCAUCAACGUCCGCAAAACUGCGCUGGCCAAAUUCAAGGCCAAACAAAUUCCUUCAGUACCCAACUGGGUCGACAUCGUCCACGACGUCCCACCAGCACAGAUUCUCGUCCGUCAGCAGCCUGUCAAGCAUCCCCUGACCAAAGUCCGCACACGAACUCUCCCAGGUGGGAAGACAGAACAAUACGUGCAAAUCACCGAACCCAGGAGACCUAAGUCAGCGAAGGCUCGCCAUGUCUUCACUCCUAAACCACUGCACUACGAGGAGGAUUCAUUACGGAAAACCUUUUACAGCGAUCACCCCUGGGAGCUGGCGCGGCCUCGAGUAAUCGUCGAGACAUCCGGAGAACAAUACAAAAACGCAGAUUGGUCCCAAGGCCUCAUCCAGCCUGGGAUCCCGCUAUCUGGCGAAUGUGUGGUACAACGACAGCUCUGGCUGCUGGAAAACAUUCCAGACAUCACCGUCCCGCAGGCCUACGACGCCGCCCGAAAAGAGUUCUACACGCUGCGUCGACGCCAAGAGAGAAGGGACAGGAUCGCAGCCGAGGAGGCGAAACAUAUGGGCGCUCGAUUUGGGAAGUCGGCCUUGCAGAUCAGCAUGGGCAUUGAGAAUGCAAUGUACAAUGACUGGGAGAAAUGGAGUCGGCAGGUGGUCUUUGAGCAAACGUCGAGAGCUGCGGCUUUUGAAGGCAAUGUCGCUAGCGCUGAGGAGGAGGCUUUGAAGGACAACGUGCUGGAAGAAGGCACGACCCAACCACAGCAGCCAGGUGGCCGGCCUGCGAUUGGCGCUGCUGUGUUUGCUCAGCAAGCGCAGUUGGAUUCUCGUAUAUCGAGGCGUCCAGGUUCUUUAUAGGCGGUGCAGAUGUAAAUGCUCAAGAAGGAUUGGGUUUCAACCAAAUGUGUUGUAGUAUCUCAACCGCAUGGCAAGACUCUUUUUCCAACCUGGACAUGUGUCGCAACAUUUUGCUAGACGGUCGAUCGAUGCUGCCUAACCCGGCGUAACCCAGCAUCAAAU